AUGGCAGCUCGUAAGCCUGGAACUAAUGAAAUACUUGGCUGGCUAGGCCUUUCAGGCCUUUCAACAAAUUUAGCUUUGAAUUGCUUCAAAAUUGCCUUGAAAUAUAAACCAACACAAUUAAUGAUAGGAAGGUUUGAUUGGGAAAAGAUGAAAGAGAAAUUUGAAGGUUUAUAUAAACGAUUUGAAGAGUUUGUGGAAGAGAAUGAGGAGGAGAAUGAAGAGGAAAGCAAAAUUCUUUUUAAGAAAAUUGAGGAAGACAGUAGAAACUUUCAAAAAUUUAGAAAUUUAAAGAGCCUCAGUAUUCCCAAUUUUGAAGAGAUAAUAACGUCAGCAAUUCGAGAACAACUCAAAAUUGUGAAUUAUGACAAUAAUGAAAACAAAAUCCUCGAAUUUGUUCAAAAUUCAAAUUUUAAUUCUUUGGGCUUUAUGGAAAUGGGAUUAGACUCUUUACGACUUUAUCAAUUAACAAGCGAGUUAAAUGAAAGAUUGGAGAGAUUUGGGCUAAAAAUAAAUAUUAUUGACCUCUUUGAGCGAGGAAAUGUUGAAAAAUUGGGGGAAUAUUUAAAUAAACGGAUGGAAGAAAAUGAGGGAAGAGGAGUCGAAGAGAAGUCUGUCAGGCCAAUUUCAACUAGAAAUGAGAGAAGAAAUAUAAAAUUGGAGUUAGAAGACGAUAAUAAAAUUUCGGAAGAAAUUUUAGAAUUAUCCAAAAAUCAUUUAAUGUUUGGAGAACCCUUAGUACCAGCAGCUCUGCAAAUACAACAAUUUAUCGAGCGUUUAAAAAGCUUAAAUUUAGAUAUUGAGAAAACAAGUUUAUUAGUUGAAGAAAUUAAAUUUAAUAGAAAAAUGUUUUUAAAUGAAUGGGAAAAUGUUAAAAUAAUUUGUAAAAAUAGCAAAAUAAAUGAAAAAGAAGAAAAUAAAUUUAAUAAAAUAUUUAUGGAAUUAAUAAGUAUUGCGGAGGAAGAAGGAUCACAAAGCUUUUCCUCUUGUCAAAUAAUGUUGGAAAAAUCUAAUGAAAGGCAAAUAAGGUGGAACGACACGAAUUUUAACUUUAAUUUUAAUGAGGAGCAAAAAACAACUGUUGAUGUCAAUGAAUUUUACAAUAGUUUAAAGAAAAUAGGAAUGGAGUAUGGUCCAAAAAUGGCAUUAAUAAAAGAAGCAAAAGUUUUUGAAGAAAAUGAACUCGAAAGUUAG